GAAAAAAUUGACGAGCCACAGCUGAAAAAAGGCAUUUUAUUUUCCAUUCGCGGGCGGGACGGUUCAAAACAGCGCGACUCCUCGCGAGCGAUUUCAGAGCAACACAAUCGAUCUGCUUUCCUGGCUGUCGGACGAGCUUUCGAAAAACUCGGGAAGGGAUUUGGAUUUGUGCUGAAUAUUAUGUGGAAUCGCAACGAAUCGGAAAAGUGCGCCGUUUGAUGCUCUAGUAACCGUUUUUAGAGAGCUACAAUUGAAAAUCGCCAGCGAAUCGGAGUAGGGAAAUGAGAUUUUCGUCUUCCUGAUACCGAAACAGAAAAAGUAAAAGAAAAAGAAAAGGAGACACGAAAGACGAAAGGCGAAAGACGAAUGCAAAGUGCGCAAAAAGAUAUAUGUAUGUUUGGUAUGUUUGUAUGCAAUUCGAUUGCCAGGAAGACACGGAAGCAAUAAAAAGCACGGGCAAAAACGCAAUCGCAAUCGUUACACAUAUAUAUAUUUAUAUACAUAUGUACAUGCAUAUAUUCGCUCGGUUGGAAAGUUCUUUUGUGCAGAAAAUCGACCACACAUCAAAAUAAAUUGCUAGGGAAAAAAGGCAGCAGCAACAGCAACAGCAUCCUCAAGAAUCUCACCGCUCUCUUUCGCUCGCUCGCUCUAGCCCUCUCUUUCUCUUGACGAAGGCGAAGAAAGAAGCAAAGCAAAAGCAACACAAAAAUUACAUCUUUCGCCGCCAAACAAUAAGGAAAAUCUAUAAUUUUCAACGAGCUGGUUGCUGUGGCAUUUAUGCCAAAUAACUGAAUCACAAAAAUGGAUUACAAAUUCAUUGUUUUCAACGCAGCGAGGGACAACAAUUUGGCGCAAUUGAAGGCCACCCUUUACAACAAAAGCUCCGGCGAAGUGGGCAGCCUGAUCUCGGCGAAAGUGAACGGAGCCACCCCGCUGGUCAUCUCCUGCCGCAAUGGACACUACGACAUUGUAGAAUACCUCUUGACAAAGUGUCGGGCCAACGUGGAGCAGGUGGGAUCGGUCAGCUUCGACGGGGAGCCCAUCGAGGAUGCCCCACCGCUGUGGUGCGCAGCGGCUGCCGGCCACCUGGGCAUCGUGAAGAUGCUGGUCCGCCGGGGGGCGAAUGUGAACAGUACGACCAGGACGAAUUCCACACCGCUGCGAGCCGCCUGCUUCGAUGGACAUUACGAGAUCGUCAAAUACCUGGUGCACCAUGGAGCAGAUUUUGAGGUGGCGAACCGUCACGGCCACACCUGCUUGAUGAUCGCCUGCUACAAGGGUCACUUCCGCAUCGCCCAGUAUCUGCUCUCCCUGAACGCCGACGUGAACCGCUGCAGUGUGAAGGGCAACACGGCACUGCACGACUGCGCCGAGUCGGGCUCGCUGCAGAUCCUCCAGCUGCUGCUCAAGCACGGCGCCACCAUGGACGUGGACUACUACGGAAUGACUCCGCUGCUGGCGGCCAGUGUCACCGGUCACAUGCCCAUCGUCGAGCACCUGAUCACUUUGCCCUGUGUGAGCAGGGAGUCGAGGAUUCACGCACUGGAACUGCUCGGUGCCACGUACGUGGACCGGAAGCGAGACAUGGCAGCGGCACUAAACCUGUGGCGUCGAGCGCUCGAGGAGCGUGCCGUGGAGCCACCGCUGGAGAAGAAGGUGCAGGAACCGGUGCCGGCCUAUGAGAUGGUUCGCGAGGUGACCAGCGUGGAGGAGCUGGAGGAGAUGGUUUUGGAUCCUGAUGAGAUGCGAAUGCAGGCUCUGGUCAUCAGGCAGCGCAUUCUCGGACCCACUCAUCCGGACACCAGCUACUACAUUCGAUUUAGGGGCGCUCACUAUGCGGACGCUGGACGCUUCGAUCGCUGCAUCGAACUGUGGUCCUAUGCGCUCACCAUGCAGCAGAAGAUUCUACAGCCACUCAGCCCGAUGACGCAGUCCUCGCUGCUGUCCUUCGCCGAGCUGUUCAGCUUUAUGCUGGUUGAGGCGGGUCGCCUGCUGCCGAGAGGUCGAGUGGUGCCGCCGAUUGAGGCGGACGGCAUGCUGACGAUCUUCUACAAGGCGGUCAAAGAGGUUGAGCGCGGGCAGGCCUUCACGCUGGAACAGCAGAAGGACCAGCAGCAACCGCAGAAGCAGCUGCCAGCAGCUGACAAAUCGCCAUCCUGUUCGGCUUCCUCAUCCGCAUCUUCCUCCUCCUCGACGACGCUGCUUUCGGCUCAUCAGCACGAUUGUAAUCACGAUCCCAAUGCCCUGAGUCGCACCAUGAUAAGUGCGAUUCACAUAGGCUGUCUGCUGAGCUCUCUGCUGGACACAGACGCUCUGAACCCAGAGAUGCGUCGCCAGGUGAUGGGAGCGCUGUACCGUCUGAAUCGCUUGAAGGUGCGCGUAAGGUUCGAUCGCACCGCCUUGCACUACGCCUGCUAUCGGGAGGGCACGCUGGCCGGCCGCUAUCCCUCAUGUCAGUUCCCCUCGGUGACGCUGGCGAAAGCCUUGCUGGAGGUGGGUGCUGAUCCCAAUGCCAUCGACGAAGCGGGCAACACCCCACUCCAUUUGGCUACCAUGCAGCCCUAUGUGGAGCCCCUGUCGCACAUCCUGCUCGAGGGCGGAGCGCAUUUGGACACCAAAAACUAUGCUGGCGAGACGUUUGAAAGUCUGCUGGCCCCCACGCCCAUGCAUAAGAUCAUCGACCCAAUGAAGUACACAACGCUGACGUGUUUGGCCGCAAGGACGAUCAAGAAGCAUGACAUUCGCUACGAGGGAAGCGUACCAGCCACUCUGUACGAGUUCAUCGAGCUGCACUAGAGACGAGGAUCGGGACGAGGACUGGACGCAAGUCAAGCACUCAAUCCACUCAAUCACUCAAUUGAUCACUAGAUGGAGCUAUCGAUCAACAGCCUGCCCGCCCGCCAUCCAUUAAAUAAUAUCUACUACUACUAUGACUACCGUCUAUUUACUGUAUAAUUAAAGAUGGAGAGAGAGUUUGAAACUAUGCUGAAUGAUGAAAAGCGUGAAAAAUGGACGAGAUCGUUACUAACGACUGGAAACUGAUUUGUGAUGUUAGCAAGCGAAGUGCCUGAAUCGACGGAUCAGGACGAAAACUACAACUGACAACGAUAACAAAACAGAAGCCAACAAAAGAAUAACAGGCAGACAACCGAAGCAACGCGAAGAAAAGUUCUAGAAGAGAUGAUUUGCGGUCUUUGAAUUUUGCUUGCGAAAUGUGUUGAAACUUUCUUUUUAAUUAUGUGUUCUUGCUACUACAUUUUGUAUGACUUAUCAUUAAUAGAAUAUUGUAUGUACUUGUACUAUAUUACCAAAAGCCUGGGCGUGAUUGGUCAGCUUAACUUUAAUUAUCUGGCACAAAGCCGACUCCUCAACGCUGCAGCAAUCGCGCCCAAGCCACGGAAAAUCCAAAAACCAGAAUACCUAAAAAAACAAAAAACAAAAAAAAAAUUACCGACCACCACACACAACUCACGACUUAGUGAUGCGUUUGUUUAUAAACGAGAAAACGAAGUUUUGGAAAUAUACAAAGUGUAAUUAACAACAAUAA